UGAGGAGGAGGCUCCUCCCCGACAACAGUUCCCGACCUCCGACGAGAUCUCAGGCUGCCACACUAAAGAGGAACAAAAAGGCGAUCUGACAGCGCUUUCUGCACUCCCUCCACUUUCUCCGGGGUAGUCACGGGAUUUCAAUGUUCAGCUUGGUCUUUGGUUUCUGUGUUGACUUGAGCCGUACCUAUAUGGCGUGUGUGAGCGGAGAGUUCUGCCAGGCACAGCACCUCACCUCUGUGGAGAAGUGAAUCGGCCGCCCCCCGAGGGACUACGCUACCCAGAAACCCCCCUGACUGCCAGCGCACUAGGAACUGCUGACUUUUCCCAAAGGCCCCCUGGGAUAUUGCGUAGCCCUUGGCCUGAUUGCUCUGCCCUGUCCCAACCGAUACGAAAACCUUUGCUUUCUACUUUCUUCUUGAACAGCCAAUCACAAACAGCUCUCCUGAAUGGGGUAAACUGAUUGGAUGACUCCUGGAUAGUCUCCUCAUCUUCUUCUCCGUCUCGCCAACAUGAACCGCCCCGCUGCAGUUGAGAUUGUCUACGAGUGCAUGAGGUUCCUCAUCACCCACAACCCCACCAAUGCCACACUUAACAAGUUCACUGAGGAACUGAAAAAAUUUGAGGUGAACACUCUGGUGAGAGUUUGCGAUGCCACCUAUGAUAAGGCUCCAGUAGAGAAAGAGGGGAUACAGGUCUUGGACUGGCCUUUUGAUGAUGGUGCCCCUCCUCCCACCCAGAUCGUGGAUAACUGGCUCAAGUUGCUCAACACCAAAUUUCGAGAGCAACCCGGCUGCUGCAUCGCCGUACACUGUGUGGCGGGCCUCGGACGAGCUCCAGUCUUGGUGGCCUUAGCCCUCAUUGAGUGUGGGAUGAAGUAUGAGGAUGCUGUGCAGUUCAUAAGACAGAAGAGACGUGGAGCCUUCAACUCCAAACAGCUUCUUUACCUCGAGAAAUACAGACCCAAAAUGCGUCUGCGGUUCAAGGAUACCAACGGCCACAACUGCUGCGUGCAGUAGGCUGCCUGUCAGUGCGUCUUUCUUAUGCACAUCUAGUGGGGAAUCUUCCGAUAACGGGAGAGAUUUAAAAAGAAAAAACAAAACAAAACACGGAGAGUGCUAUCAGUAAUUAUUGUGAUGAUUUGUUAACACUGAGUCAUGGUUAAUUGAGAAGGAAGCGAGUGAUCAAAUGAAUGAAUCCAGAUCUGGGGAUCCACCAGCCGAACCAAUGAAUGGAAGGUUAAAGCACACAGAUAGGCCCGCCACCCGGUUUAUACUGUUCAACCACGGGCCAGAAUUUUUCAACUUGAGUCCAUCCUGUUUCUUACGGGGUUUUUAUUUUACUUUUACUUUUUUUUUUGUUUUUUGUUCCAGUUUUAAUCAUGGGAUAACAGUUUCCAUUUUUUGUGAAUGUUUAUUUUUACACAAACGUGGUGAUGAAAUUAUAUAUUCUCAUUUUGAUUUCCACUAAUUAUUGAUAUUUUAUAAUUGGGCCAGAACGACAUACAUUUUUUUUUUUUUUUUUUUUUUUUUUAAACACACAUUGUGACUGUCUUUUUUGCACAAAACUCAAAGGUUCACCUGAAAAAUGCAGUAAUGUUUUUUCUUCUUCUUACCCUUCACUUGCUUAAUGUCACUUUCAGUUUAGGGGGUCACUGAGUUUGAAUAUGUCUGUAAUAUUUAUUCACAAGAUAUAUGUGUGGCAGUUAAGAGUUUGGCAGGGGCAAGGACACUUUGUCAUCCAAUAGUUUUAGUUUUAUCUGUUUGAGAGCCAUGUCUUUUCCUUUUUUUCUUCUUUUUUUUUUCUUCUUUUUUUGUCUUUUUUUUUUUUUCUUUAAAUCUUGUUGGAGUGCAAUAAUCAGUCCACCUCAGAUAUGUCCGCCAAACCCUGCUGAGUGUCCUACGCACACAUACACACAAACUUCAGAUUAUCAUCCAGGCCGUUUAAAAAAACAAAAAAAACAAAAAAAAUACAACAACAAAAAACAAAAAUGUAACUACAACAGGUACUUGUAAUUUCAUUCUCUCUCCCUUCUGGGGCUACAAUAGGACUUUUUCCAGAUAUGCAUAUUUAAACUCUUACACAGAGCCUAAGAUUCAAUCUGAAAGUCAAGCUGGAGAAGGAUGAAAGUGGUCAGUUUUUUAUCAUUGUACCCAUUUUGAAAACAUCCCCAAUUCAUAUUGGUUCUUUAAAGAUAAAUAAAUUCAAA